AUGGAUGUACAGACCGCUACAGGCACUCACGAUGAUGCCGAGGCCAAGUUGGAGCAAACUGACGCUCGUCUCUCUCAAGGAAUGGAUAUGGAGACCCAAGAUGCUGUUGUGUUCAGAAUGGACAGGCUGGUGCAAGAUUUGAUUGCCUCCCGCAAGAGUCUGGAAGACGAAAAGAGAAAGGCAGCAGACAAGGAUGCCGAGAUCGCUCAACUGAAGCGGGAAGUGACUUAUCUUCGGAACAAAGCGCGCGAGGGAGGCCGAAAGCACGAGGCCGCUGAAUCAGAGGUGUGGGUACUCGAACGAGCCAGCGUGUUGGCCUCAGCAAGCAGCGAGGAGGUGAAUGAGCUGCAGCGCCUGUUGGCGUUCCACAAGACGAACGGGGAGCAGGUAUCGAGGAGGCUCAGAGACUUGCAAGCUACCAACAAGGAUAUUCAGACCCAGCUGCAGGCCACCGAAGCGGUACUUCGGGAGCAGAUGUCACUUUUGUCAGGGUUGGGUAUAUGGGCGCAACCAAGUGCGGGCAGUGACUUACAGGAGGAGAAGCAAGUAGGACCUGGUUGCUCGGAGGAUGCAAUUCUUGACUGA